AUGUUUGACACGGAAAGAAUAAGUCUAUUUGCAGUCUAUAUCCUUCUAUUACCACUGAUAGUCAAAGGCACUACCAGUGGCAUAAGAGAUGUUUUACUCUAUUUGCAUGCAAUAGGUCUGACUUGCAUGGUCUAUCAUUUACUACAACAAAUACUUUCCGGAAGUAAACCGUUCAAGGCAACAGACAAAGAGGAAAUGUAUGGUUUACGCCAUAUUCUACUCAACAUUCAACUGCCACCUUCAACACUCUGGUUUAAUAUGGGACUAUGGACAGACAAUGUCUCAUCAUUUUCCGAUGCCUGUAGCAAACUAGUGCUUGAAACUGCCAAAUACACCCGUAUUCGAAAUGGAAAUAGUGUACUCGAUGUGGGAUUUGGAUGUGGUGAUUCAUGCUUACUCUUAGCAGAUCAGUUUAACUGCAAAGUUACAGGAAUCACAAAUGAAUUGACUCAGGUGCAAAUGGCUAAUGAGAGAUUAACCGAUGAUCAAAAGCAAAAAAUAACUUUAUUACACGGGUCUGCAGAUGAUCUGGAUAGAUUAUUCCCAAAAUACAAGUUUGAUCAUAUUCUAAGCAUUGAUUCAGCUUAUCAUUAUGGCACUCGUUGGGAUUUCUUCAAGAAUGCUUACAGCCUUUUAAAUGAUAAAGGAACACUUGGCCUCUUCGAUUUUGCAUUAGAUCCAAUCUUUUCACAAGAACUGAAAAAGUCAUCUUGGAAGCUAUUCUUGUUUAAAAUGAUAUGUACUAUAAGCAAAGUACCAGCAGAGAAUCUCAUGUCGACACCUACUGAAUAUAAGCAUAAACUUCAUCAAGCUGGAUUUAAUCACGUUUGUCUAGAAACAGUGAAACAGGAGAAAGUAUUUGGUGGUAUAUCUCAUUUUAUGACUCAUCAAUUACAAAAUACAGCCAAGUAUGGUGUGAACAUUGGAAUAACUGACAAACUAUUCUUGAGAGCAUCUUGCUUUGUCUUUCAUUUGCUGGCAACAAACAAGUGGAUCGUCCCUUUGAUGGUCAGCGCAGAAAAGCAAGCAUAA